GACCACCUCCUGUAUUAAAGCGCCACACCCUGCGGACUCCUCAUAGCCGGGAAACGUUCUGUGCAGCAUCUGAUUUGUCUUCACCAAGGUAGGUUACAAUGGCACUGGUGUCCGAGUUCCUGGGUCAGCUGUCUCUUAAUCUGGGUGCAGAAAGUGAACCCAAGUACCCAACUGUGGUGGCUUGUGGCAACUUUGACCCAGAGAAGGAUGCUGCCAGGAUCGAGACAGCUAUCAAAACCAAGGGCGUGGAUGAGAAGACCAUCAUCGACAUCCUCACCAAACGCAGCUACACCCAGCGUCGUGAGAUCGCCUUCUGCUAUGAGAGGAGAGUCAAGAAGGAUAUGAUCACAGCCCUGAAGGGGGCACUGAAGGGGUCUCUGGAGUCGGUGAUCCUGGGCCUGAUGAAGAGCACCUCUCAGUUUGACGCAUCUGAAAUCCGAGGCUCCAUAAAGGGCUUGGGUACAGAUGAAGAAACCCUGAUCGAGAUGGUCUGCUCUCGGAGUGAUGAAGAACUCCAGCAGAUCAAACAGGUCUACAAGGAGAUGUAUAAGGCAGAGCUGGAGAAAGAUGUGUCCGGUGACACGUCAGGAGACUUCAAGAAGCUUCUGCUGGCCCUCGUGCAGACAAAGCGAGAGGGACCCAGUAGCAUAGAGGACCAAGAGAAGAUCGACCAGGAUGCCAGAGCUCUCUACGAUGCUGGUCUCAAGAGGCGUGGCACAGACGUGGCAACCUGGAUCUCCAUCAUGACUGAGAGGAGCAUCCCGCACCUACAGAAAGUGUUCCAGAGGUACAACAACUACAGCCCCUACAACAUGCAGGAGAGCAUCCGCAAGGAAGUGAAAGGAGACCUGGAGACAUCAUUCGUCACACUAGUUCAGUGCUUUGAAAACAAGCAGCUGUACUUUGCGAGCAGGCUCAAUGAUGGCAUGAAGAGUAAAGGGGCAAAGGAGAAGGUGGUCACACGCAUCAUGGUUUCACGCUGUGAGGUCGACCUCAUGAAGAUACGUACCGAGUUCAAGAAGCAAUACGGGAAGUCACUCCACCAGACCAUCGCUGAGCACACGAAAGGGGACUACCAGGCGGUCCUCCUGAGUCUGUGCGCAGGAGACGACUGAGGCCGGAGCUAUUCCACAAUCCCUCAGCACAGCUGUCCUCCUCCUCCUGCCCUGCUAAGAGCUUCCUGAGGAAUAGAGCCCAGUCAAUCUGAGCUACAGACCGAGCUUCCAGCGCCACCCCCCCCAACCCCCUCCCCGAACGCCAAGCAGUAUCAGCAUUGUUAGCCUGUUUUUACUUGAUAAAAGGAAAAACAGUUAUCACUGCCUUUCAGUUAAAAAUGAAAGAAGACCUAUAGGACCAGAAGCUGCAGAGCUACGCAUGUAACCUGUUUCAUUGGUGAUAAUAAACACACCACGUCAGGUGGUUUUCAUUCGUGACGACA